GUCCAGCUGAGCGAAGGGAAGAAGGAAACGAGAAAUAAAAAGGGGGAAAGCAGGUUCAGAGGGAGCGGACGGAGUGUGUCAGGGCUGUGUCGUGCUCACCGCGGACAGACACACACUGAACAAACACAGACGGACAGACAGACAUGGAGAGCUCCACUGAGGAAGACUACAAAGAGAAAUUAUUAUGGAACGUCAAACGAGAGGUGAAGCAGACUAUGGAGGAAGCUGUGACGAAGAAGUUUGUCCACGAAGACAGCAGCCACAUCAUCGCUCUGUGCACUGCCAUCGAGGCCUGCUUGGGUCACCUGUUGAAGAGACGGGCCGCUGGUUUCCUCCGCAGCGACAAGAUCGCAGCCCUCUUCACCAAAGUGGGCAAAGUCUACGAGACGGCCGGAGAGAUUUGUCGUAAAGUGCAGGAGCAGCUCCAGCAGCAGGCGGACCUCACCAGGAGAACCCAGAGUGUGAGCCACGAGCCCCUGAGGAGACAGGGCUCGUCCACCACCUGCCGCCCCCCUCAGCCGCUCUCUGCCCAGGCCAUCAAACACAUCUGGGUCCGCACGGCUCUGUUCGAGAAAGUUCUGGACAAGAUAGUGCAGUACAUCGUGGACAACUCCAGUAAAUACUACGAGAGGGAAGCACUAAUGCAUGACUCAGUGUUCGGGCCAAUCCUGGCAGCCCUGCUGGUGGGCCCCUGCGCUCUGGAGUAUACCAAACUGAAGACGUCGGAUCAUUUCUGGACGGACCCGUCAGCCAAUGAGCUCGUUCAGCGACACAGAAUCCACGGAGCUAACCGGGGCCAAGACACUGCGACGGGGCGGCGGCCUGCUCUGGGGAUCCGUAAGAGGCAGUCGAGUGGCAGCAUGUCAGAAGAUCGGUUUGCUGCAUCAGCGAGGGAGUACGUCGAGUCUCUUCACCAAAACUCCAGAACUCACCUCCUCUACGGCAAAAACAACGUGAUGGUGCAACCGAAGAAAGACAUGGAGGUGCUGCGGGGCUACUUAUCACUUCACCAGGCUGGAGAAAACCUCACCCUGAAGUGGACGCCGAACAAGCUCAUCAACGGCACGCUGGGAGACUGUGACCUGGAGAAGAGCAUCUACUGGGAUUACGCACUGACUGUCCCUCUGCGCCAGAUAGUCUGCAUCCACUGUCACCAACGACCUGAUUGUGGAGGCACGCUUGUUCUGGUCAGUCAGGAUGGGAUCCAGCGGCCGCCCCUUCUUUUCCCCCCCGGUGGUCACCUCCUGGCCUUCCUCUCCUGUCUGGAAACCGGGCUUUUACCGCGGGGUCAACUGGAGCCCCCCCUCUGGUCCCAGAAAGGAAAGGGAAAAGUGUUUCCCAAACUGAGGAAGAGGAACAGCAGUGCCCGGCUCAUCGACCAGGACAGGAGCAGUGAGGAGGAGACAGCAGCCGACUACGUGUUUCGUAUUGUUUACCCUGGAUACCGAUACGACGCCAUCACCAUAAACUACCACCACACCACGGGCAGCCGCGCUCCGUCGCUGGACGACGACGAGGAAGAGGAAGAUAGGCUCCAUGCAAUGAUCUCAAUGAUCUGCUCGCGGAACCUCACAGACCCUAAUGUCAUGAAAGACCAUGGGGACAUGAUGGAGAUGCAGGGUUUCGGAGGCAGCCCGUCGUCGUGGCAACAGGCUGAAGUUACAACUCACGAGCUGCUGUGCCAGUCCUGCACCACGGCAGGCACUAACUUGUCGUUUGAUCUCCAGUCCGGCUGUACCUGCAUACAUGACACGUUAGACAUUCACACUGUUCCUCUUAAGAUGCUCUGCCAAAAUAUGAAGAGGCAGAUAGUGUCCAGAGCCUUUUAUGGCUGGCUGGCAUACUGUCGUCAUCUGUCCACUGUGCGGACUCACCUGUCAGCUCUGGUCAAUCACAACAUCGUCCCUCCUGACAGACCCUGCGAGGCAUCUGGAGGUCUCAGCAAAGAGGUGUGGAGCAAGUACCAGAAAGACUGCAAGAACUACAAGGAGCUGGAGCUGCUGCGGCUGGUGUAUUACGGCGGAGUGCAGCACGAAAUCAGAAAGGAGGUUUGGCCUUUCCUGCUGGGACACUACAAGUUCGGCAUGGAAAAAAAAGACAUGAGCCAGAUUGAUAUGAAGAUCAGUGAGCGCUACCAGCAGGUGAUGCGGGAGUGGAAGGCCUGUGAGGUGAUCGUCAAGCAGAGGGAGAAGGAGAUGCAGUCGGCCAUCUUUGCUAAGCUCUCUUCAGGCAGCAGCAUCGACAGCCAUGUCCUGAGGCUCGUUCACAGAGACUCCACACUGAGCAACGAGGUGUUUAUGUCCGUGGAUGAGCCGGACGCAGGGAGCCAGGAGACCCCCAGUGGAGAGGACAGUACCCCCACCAUGACCACCCUGGUUCCCCCCGCGGCCCUCCCGCAAGAGGAGCGCCCUCUGGUGGAGUUUGACUCCCCCGACUCGGGUCUUCCCUCCUCCAGAAACUACUCAGUGACCUCUGCUCAUUCCCAGAUCCUGUCCAGCAUAGACGACGGGCAGAGCACGGAGGAGGAAGGGGGGGGCAGGGAGGAGGGCAGUACUCCAGGUGUGCUGGGGGGGUGUCAGGAGUCUCUGUCUGAGGACAAACUGUGUAGCCAGCUGGACAAACUGGUGACCAACGGAGCAGCUGCAGAGGGGAUCUUACCUUCACUCUCCUCGUAUACUAUCGAGCUGUUGGACACAGUCGCUCUGAAUCUCCACAGAAUAGACAAAGACGUGCAACGCUGCGACCGCAACUAUUAUUACUUCACCACAGCCAACCUGGAGAAAUUACGAAACAUCAUGUGCAGCUAUGUGUGGGAGCAUUUAGAGAUCGGCUACGUUCAGGGCAUGUGCGACCUGCUUGCUCCGCUCAUGGUCAUCCUGGAUGAUGAGUCCCUGGCCUACAGCUGUUUCACUCAGCUAAUGAAGAGGAUGAGUCAGAACUUCCCUACCGGUGGAGCCAUGGACACACACUUUGCCAACAUGAGGUCACUUAUCCAGAUCCUGGACUCCGAGCUGUUUGAACUGAUGCAGCAGAACGGAGAUUACACUCACUUCUACUUCUGUUACCGCUGGUUUCUGCUGGACUUUAAGAGAGAGCUCCUGUAUGAGGACGUGUUUGCGGUCUGGGAGGUGAUCUGGGUGGCUCCCAGGAUUUCCUCAAAGCACUUUGGCCUCUUUCUGGCGUUGGCCCUGGUCACAGUUUACCGUGAGAUCAUCAUCGAUAACAACAUGGACUUCACCGACAUUAUCAAGUUCUUCAACGAGAUGGCUGAGCGUCACGAUGUCCUGCACAUCUUGAAGGUAGCCCGUGAGCUGGUGCACAGAGUCCAGUCUCUGAUGGACAACAAGUGACUGUAGAGGAAGAGGAGAGGGCGAGAGUAUCUAAAGGACACUCAGCUCUUCCUCUCAUCCCUCAGAGAGACUCAGUGUUUCCCGGCCUCCCCAUGCGCAUUGCAGGUCCUGGGAGGCCGGGUCCCCUCACCCUGCCCAGGUGAAGCGCCCUAUGAGUAGGGCAGGAAUGCUGCUGAGGGGGCCUGGCUCUGGAGCUCCGCCUCCAUCUGUUUACAUUUAACCUUCACAUGGAAUGCCCAUGGUGUCCGUUCAGACAUGUGGAUCUGUCUGCAUGCUUGUGAGUUUGAUCACACUGUGAACGCAUUUCUUGAGUCUCCCCAGUCUUACAAGAGCUUGUGUGCGUGCAUGAAAACACACACACACACACACACACACACACACACACACACACACACACACACACACACACACACACAUAUUUACACAUGCAGCAUUGGCUCUGACAAUACAGCAAGUUUCUCGAGUGUCGCCCUUUUCCUGACUCUGAACCAGAACAUGUUCGGUGUCAGUCAGGAAGUCUGUGUCCCUCCGCACAGUACCAGCGGAGGCCACCAGAGUGCAGGAUUUACACACAUAGAGGAGCAGAAGACUUAGCCACGAAGAAGUUUUCAUUAGUGACCAAAUGGACUGUGCCAACUACCUUUUCAUGAGUGUUUUCUACAACAGGCAUGUGUUUUUAACCCCCUUGUUCCCCCCUCUUUUUUUUUCUUUUCGUUCAUUAUCACACAAAUGUUGCCUUUAUCAGUGACAGCCCAGCGUACCGAGUUGCACUUUUGGGAGUGUUUCCUUCAUGGUGCCUGUGAAGAGCGUCAGUGACCGUGAGGUUCGGAGGCACCACGAAAGGCCAAACUGUAGAGAAAAAAAACAGAACGGAUUGCAGCCAACUUUCCUGAGCGUGCUUAUCUGUGAUGGAAGCAUUUAAAAUGCUUAUUUCAACACAGAAAGAACAGAAGCAGCAGAGCACAACAGUAGAGAAUAAAGCACACAGGCCGCCCCCUUAAACUCUAAAAAUAACUUGAGCAUCUCUGUUUGUACCACCAAGGUGUAAGGUCAGGGCUGAGGUCGUGUCUCCUGGAAUACUUCUGGAAAAGAGAUAUUUAACAACCUAUCAUUACACAGUUUUAAUGCUCAUUCCUUUUAGAAUAAAUAUCUUUAACUAUGAUUGUUUUUAAGGGAGAAAAACAGUAUUCAUCACAUUUUUAACAGAUGAUUUAACAGAUUUAAACUAGCCAGGCGUAAUGGACAGAAAUGAGCGUCGGAGGAGUAGCUCUUUUUAUGCAUUUCAAAAAUCAUGUUGAAAUGUCCAAGAUACAGUAUGCCAACUAUUUGUAUUACUGCCCGGAACAAGAAAAUAUAAAUAAGUUGUUGAACAUUUCCUCUUAUUUGCAGUAUUAUUAUAAAUCAAAUUGUCGAUAGUUCAGUUGAAAUACCAUUUUGAAAACACAGCGCUACAGAAAACACUGAGAGACCACUGCAACAUGAUGUUUUUCUCUGGUUCUACUCUUGAGUAGUUUCUCUGAGUUUGUCUUUCAGGAAAAUAAGCAUUCUUUUAUAUUGAAUUAACAGUUUAAAAUUGUACAAAAACAGAGCAAGGCAGAACUAAAUAAAUAUAUAAAUUAAUGGGUCAAAUAAGAAACCGGGGUGCCACUAUAAAAGGGUUUAAUUAAAAUGAUUUCAAAGGUGCUGUCACAACAGUAACAUCUCAGGAGAAAGGUCAGGUGACUCGAGUAUGUGGUGGCAAAAAGUUUCAAGUAAAGCAUUAAGCAUUCCAUUUGUGUAACAGACAACAUGUCAUUAAGCUAAUAGAAGAAGCAGUGUGGUGAGGUAGACUUCCAGGUGAGGAGGAUAUGUUUUUUAGCAACCAUCAAUCUCAAAUGCAGAGACAUUCAAUCUGCAUAUUUUACAUCAGACUGAAAGUCUCCUCCUCAUACUGCAUUAACCUGCAGCCUGAGAUGAUAGAACAACAGUGAACAUGUGUCAAAGUCCCUGGCCCAGGCUUCCCUGGUAUGAUCAGAAGAGACCGAAAUAGUAAAGUGAUUCACAACUUUCAAUAUUAAUUAUUCUGUAUUUCAUUUGUGGAAAAUGACAACUAGUUACGAUAGCAAAAAUAUGCAAUAUGAGAUUUUUUGUGCCAUUAUUAGGGAGAGAAAACAAUGUGAUACGGAUACAUUGGAUGUUUGUGCAUCACUGCUUGACACUCUGGAGAGUGAUGAUGCUUUUUGUAAUCCAUAUAGCGCCCUCUGCUGGUGAAAGAGAACUGCUAGUUUAAUACAGUGAUACUCAAAUGAAAUACUUUUUGACUUAUUUGGAUGGGGAUUUAACAAACCAGGUUCAGCUGACAGAAUUUUAAGAUGGUUUAAGUCCUAAUUUUACCACACAUAGCCUUAAAAUGCCAUUUCAACAUGAUUUGUUUUGCUUGUAGCACACAGUGAUUAUUUUAGGAGAAUCCGAUCACUGUUGGAAAGUAGAGAUAUACACAAGUCUCAAAUCCUCGUUUUCUGGUUGGAAACAUCAGAUAUGUUCAAAGAUCUGAACAUCAGGAAAUCUGGUUGCAAUCCUGCCUGGAGUUCGGCCUCUGAGAACAGAAUUAAGCUUGAAUCAGGUCGGUCUACAAACCAGAUUUGCGGUUCCCGUUUUUAAAAGAAGCUGCUGCUUUUGAUGCCAAACUCUCUCCAGUGUUCAGCGAGUCAGUAUACACUCGGUCUUGGGCUUCACAGUGACAGCACAGAGUAUUAUUCAUGUUUCUACCUUGAAGGGAAUUUUUGAUACUGUUUCCCCCUCAUCAGUGUGACCCUUUAUCUCCUCUCCUCCUUAAAACGUCCGACACGGCUGCAUCUGAUUGGUCAUCCAGCACGGACCUGCACCUGUGAUCCAAGUGCCAAGAGUCUUCCCCAUCCUGAAGCGUACUGUAGUGAUCCAGCUCUCUUCACUUGCUAGUUUGAUCCCAGGAACGGGCGGAGACGUGGAUGUACGUCUCCCCUUUUCUUCUUCCAAUCAGGACGUUGUGUACCAAAGCCUUGAAAAAGCCCCCUCUGUGGCAUGACGACAAUGUGCAAUUUCAUACUGCAUCUUGAAGACUGACUGUUUACUAUGUGUGUACAAUAUUUUUGAAAAUUGUGAUUCUUAAACUACUGUGCAAUUGCUGUCGUUUCAGAAGAUCCAUUAAAGUCUAUAUUGCUGUAAAUAGGAAACUGAAAUCCUAAUAUUUCUAUGAAGACCGUGGAACCAUAAAUAUAAACAUAUAUACCUUAUUUUGAGAUCUAUUUUUUAUGUUGGUUUUAGCAGCACUAGUGGGAGUUUUAAAGUGUGCAGAGAUGCAGAAUGUGUGCAGACGUUGUUACACGUUGACUGUUAAGUGUUCCUUCUCAAUGUUGUGCACUGAUUUCAAGAUUUCUAUUUAUUCAGAGAUCCAAUGAAUUAAUUGCAUUGCUGAAUAUGUAUUGGUAAGGAUGUAUUAUUUGCCUUGAAUGUAAUGUAUUAUUAAACAACAAUUUGUUCAUGA